CGAAAAGAAUUUAGAUUCGGCUGCACAGCCUUCUCGAGUCAGCUUCCAGCUUAGCUGUCGUCGUAGGGCUGGCGCCUGAUCUAAUCAGUCUGACCAGCUAGCUUGCUAUCGACUUACUUAACAUAAAGCUCAUCCUAUCCUAGCUCCAAACACAACCCUUCUACAUUCACUUUUCACUUUACCAUUCUCUAUCCCUCCCUACAGUAAAUACACAAAAUACUAUGCAUCUCGUACUCACAGGAGCGACGGGCCUGGUAGGCUCUGCCGCCCUAGACGCCAUGAUCAAGAACCCGGGUAUUACCAAGAUAUCGAUCCUCAGUAGGCGGCCGGUAAAAAUGGCAGAGGAUUCCAAAGACCCGCGCAUCAAUUUUUUGAUACACAAGGAUUUUGGCCAGUACGACUCGGAGCUCCUCUCAAAGCUCCAGGGUGCCUCGGGGUGCGUGUGGGCGUUGGGUAUCAGCCAGACCCAAGUUGGUAAAGAGGAAUACGUGAAAAUCACCAAAGACUACGCCCUAGCAGCAUCUCAGGCAUUCAAGGAACUGGCCACCGAGCAACAGCCCUUCAACUUUGUGUAUGUCUCCGGAGAAGGCGCCAACACCAAGCCAACCCGCUUCUCACAAAUCUUCGCGCGCGUGAAGGGCGAGACGGAGCUGAGCCUCGCCGAGAUCCGCAAGGCGAACCCGUUCUUUCACGCCAGCUCCGUGCGCCCGGCCUACGUCGACGCCUCGACGCACGACGCCAUCAAGCCCUACCUCCCGAAGAACGGUCUCCUGUGGAGGGCCGCGGAGGGCGCGCUCGGACCGGUGGUCAGGUGUGCGGUGCAGUCGGCGUGGAGCCCGACGCAGGACCUGGGGAAGUUUUUGACGGAGAUGGCGAUGGGGCAGUAUAAGGACCAAUUCAAGGCGAAGGAUAUUCAGAUGGAGGGGGAGUUCCCGAUUUUGGCGAAUACGGCGUUCAGGCGGUUAGCGGGUUUGAGCCGUACGUGAUGGAUGGCGAUGAUGAUACCAAAGGCUUAGUUGAGCUUCCCCUGUUUGGCGAAAGGGCUUGAAUGGAGAUGGACUGUGGAAUAUGGGCCAUUUCAUACGUAUAGACAGACUCAUAGCUCGAGCGACUGAUUUUACUCCCCUCAAUGGCCGUUUGCCUUCUUAG